AUGGGCUGCCAAGUGGAAGCCGCCAUGCCGCCGCCGGCGCAGCCCCACGUCCUCCUCGUCUCCUGCCCGCUGCAAGGCCACGUCAACCCGCACCUCCGCCUCGGUCGCCGCCUCGCCGCCAAGGGCCUCCUCGUCACCUUCACCACCUUCCUUCACGCAGGCCUCCGCGGCAUCCACCCGGACGGGGCGUGCGCCGGCGGCGUUCGGUUCCAGUACCUGCUGCGCGAGCGCGACGACGCCGGCCAGAUGACCCCUGAACACAUGCUACGACUCGUCCUCGAGGCAGGCCCGGCGGCGCUGGCUGACCUCGUCCGUCGUCAGGCCGACGCCGGACGGCCGGUCACCUGCGUCGUGAACACGACCUUCGUGCCCUGGGCGCUCGACGUGGCCCGGGAUAUGGGCGUCCCGUGCAUCGCGACGCUCUGGACCCAGUCAUGCGCCGUGCUCUCCCUUUACCACCACUUCUACAACAACAUCAGCAGCAAUGACAACACCAUAACCUUCCCCGAGGCGCCGGAGAACGCGCCGGUGGCGCUGCCCGGACUGCCGGCGAUGUCCAUGGACGAGCUGCCUCUCAUGGUCCGUCUCCGUCCCGAGUUCGCUGGCAACCUCUGGAGCCAAAUGCUCAGGGCGCAGCUCGUGGAUGUCAAGGAGGAGAACGCGCCAUCGCCGUGGAUGCUCGUCAACACGUUCUACCAGCUCGAGCGCGCCGCCAUCGACGCGCUCCCAGUCGCUGUCGUGCCACUCGGCCCGCUCUUAGACGACGACGAUGGCGAGACGGGCGACGACGACAAAGACGGCGUGAUGGCGUGGCUUGACGCGCAGCCGCCGCGCUCCGUGGUGUACGUGGCGUUCGGCAGCCUGGUGGACAUCGGCCGGGACGAGACGGCGGCGGUGGCCGAGGGGUUCGCGGGCGCCGGCAGGCCGUUCCUGUGGGUUGUUCGCGACGACUACCUACUCCACCCCCCGGAGCCUGUCCUCGCCGCGAUUGAGAGUCACAAUGGCAAGAUCGUGGCGUGGUGCCCGCAGAGGCGCGUGCUGAGCCACGGCGCCGUGGGGUGUUUCGUGACGCACUGCGGCUGGAACUCUGUGGCCGAGGCGCUGGCGGCCGGGGUGCCGGUGGUCGGGUAUCCAUGGUGGUCCGACCAGUUCACCAACGCCAAGUUCCUGGUGGAGGAAUAUGGGGUCGGCGUCCGGCUGCCGGCGCCGGUAAAGCCAGACGCUCUACGUGCGUGCGUUGACAAGGUGAUGGACGGGCCUGAGGCGGCAGCAAUCCGAGCGAGGGCAGCCACGUGGAAGGAGGAGGCUGCAACGGCUAUAGCCCACGGAGGGUCCUCUCACCGGAGUCUACAUGAUUUUGUUGGCAUCUUGCAAAAACAUGUAUGA